AUGGCCACGCGCCGCUCUCAUCAAAAAUCACGUCAUGGAUGCUCCAAUUGUAAGCGAAGAAAAGUGAAGUGUGAUGAGACGCGGCCAUGUUGCCAGAAUUGCACUCAGCGCAAUGACACAUGCGUCUACAUCUCGCCAGUGCCUUUUGUUUUUGCAGGCAAACCAGAGAAACCGGGCAGGUCGUCAUCAAAGACUGCGCGUGGUGCAAAACCUUCGACCGAGGGUGGCAGCUCCGAAAUAUCAUCACAUGCCGUCAACAACUAUAUUUCUGUCUUGGGUACGACAACGGCGGCAGCUCCGCUGAAUUUGGAUCACCUGGAACUUGAGCUACAGUGGAUAAUGCAUACUCACAAGCUAUUCGCCAGAAAUGAGGAGACAAGAAAAGUCUGGGAAAUACCAGUGCUUCAAGAAGCACUACAUACUCCGUUCUUAAUGCACGGAAUACUGGCCAUUUCCGCAUUGCACCUUGCUCAUAUUCGCCAGUAUGAGCGCCAAACAGAGUGGCUCAAUAUCGCGAUCGUGCAUAAGAGCACGGCACUGGCUCUCUUUUCAGAACAACUGCAUCACAUUGACGAAUCUAAUGCUAGAGCUAUGAUGAGUUUUGCCGGAAUUGCAGUGGUGUUCAGCUUUGCGAGCGCACUUAUUUGCUCCAACUCUGACGAGGGACCCAGUCUAGAGGCCUUGGCAGAUAUUCUGAUUUUGGCUCGCGGAAUUCAGACAGUCGUGGGCCAAGCAAAAGAAUUUCUUCGACACAGCAAUUUUGCGCCUUUAUUCGAUGUCACUAACCCCGAGGUGGCUGUCCCUGAUGAUGUUCUUAGGGCGCUCGAUCAUCUUGAACGCCUAAACGCUCAGUAUGGUCAGCAACCAGACAUUCAAGGUGGAAAAUCCUACGAGCCUGCAAUCCGGAGCAUGAAGGAGCUAGCCCCUUUUACCUAUGCAGGGCCUACGUCAUUGACAGUAGUGGGCGGAUGGGCUAUUCGAUCUUCUCCAGAAUUUUUGGAAGGGCUCAAAAACCGCGAGCCUUUUUCCUUAGUGAUUCUUGCGCACUUUUGCGUGUUCUUGCACAUCACUCGAGAGAAUUGGUGUAUUGGAUCCUGGGGUCGGAUCGUUCUUGGGGAAAUAUUACAAAUUUUGGAUGCUGACUGGCAAUGUCAUAUAAAAUGGGCAGUGGCGCAAGUUUUGAGAUAA